AUGGGCGCGUCGGCCACGAAGGCGGACGAGGGCGGCCAGCACUGCAACAACAACACGGCCAAGGAGAAGGCGCCCAAACUCCGAGGCAAAGGCAAGGGCUCCGGCAACCUGCCCUCGAGCGCGACCUCCAGCCCGGCCACGCAUAAGAAGCAGGAGGCCGAGGAGUCCGAAGAAGGGAAGGAGAGAAACAAGGAUAAAGAAAGGACCAAGCAAGGGGAAGAGAACGCAGAGGGACAAGAAGGACAAGCUGAAGGUGACGACGAGGAAUACCCGGCCCCGCCUGACCUCACCGAGAAACAGAAGACGAUCAUUAAGGAGUCGUGGAAGGCGCUGGAGGCGAACGUGGCGAGAGUUGGCGUCGUUCUCUUCAUCAAGCUGUUUGAGACGCAUCCCGAUGUUCAGGAGGUGUUCAUGCCGUUCAAAGGCGUCGACCUGGAAGAGAUCAAGCAUUCAAAGCAGCUACGAGCCCAUGCACUGAGGGUCAUGGGCUUCGUCAACAAGGCUGUGGCUCGACUCGACCGGCCGGACAAACUCGUCCCUCUUGUGCAGGAGUGUGGGAAGAGCCACUUCUACUACGGGGCCAACAUCAAAUACAUUGACUACGUGGGUCCUCAGUUCAUAACCUCCAUACGGCCGUCGAUGGAAGAGGAAAACCAGUGGAGUCCUGAGCUGGAGGAAGCGUGGGUUCUGCUCUUCCAACACAUCGCUUACCUCAUGAAAAGCUCCAUGAAGAAAGAGAUGCACCAGUGAUCAUAGGCCUACAUCACCGACACAAGCAUAGAUGGAUAAUAUCGCGCACUUUCAUGUUGUGAAGCUUAAACACGUGGCUUUAUAACCGACAUCACAUUCAGAAGUUAUAAAUGAAGACGAAUAAUUUCACAAAGUUAGAGUUGUAUUCGACGUACUUUGAUGCUACAUAUUCAUUGGGAUUACACGUAAGCACGCAGCUACAUAAUUACAUGUAAUUCUAAUUUAAAAAAUAACAGCAAGCUUGAAAUAAGUGUUUCACAGUGUAUGCGUGAAUCAAGCGUACUUAAUUAGCGAUAUGUGAUUGUGUGAUCAUUUUAACCAUCACCUAUUGAUAACAGGGUAUAGGUAAAAAAAAGGUAGGGUAAUUACAUAGCUCAUUUUACCAUGUAAAGAUAAUAUAUUUCUAGUCUGAUAGUGCUCAUUGACAAACUGGCAGAGGCGGCUUCGCUCUCAAUAAAAGAUGUAGGAUGUGAAAAGGAGAGAGGAAAAAAAAUAACAGUUAAUAACGAUAACCAGUUGAUGAUCUACGCAAAUAAAGAAACGUCAUAUCUUCAUAAGGAUCGUGAUCUGAACUUUCAGAAUUUGAGUACCCGAAAGAACCACGACGUAAUGAAAGAGAGAGGGAGAAAGAAAAAAAACAACAACAUGAAUACAUAAAAAGUGUUUUUUUUUCUCUCUCUCUCUCUCUCUCUCGGAAAUAUACAUUUUUUAUUUUUUUAUCUGGCGAGUUCCUGACAGAUCAAGAACUGCCUUUCCCAGAUUUAAUGGCUUCUCAUUCAAAUGGCCUCUUAUUCUAGAGGAAUUUCUUGAAAACAUAUCGACUCGCCUUAAAAGCAAGGAAAGAAAGAGAAGAAAAAUAACGAAGGAAGGAAGAAAGUCUGCAAAUAGGCCAAAAUAUAGGGCGACCUUCAGUACCUUUCAAUUAUAAUGGGCCUUUUGGGGGAGAGCCGUCACUCAAUGUUCGACAAACGAAAGGAGAGAAAAAGAGAGAGUGUGUUGGAGGAGGAGAGACAGAGAGAGAGAGAGACAGAGAGAGAGAGAGAGAGAGAGAGAGAGAGAGAGAGAGAGAGAGAGAGAGAGAGAGAGAGAGAGAGAGA